CUCUCUGGAAGGUGUUUCCAACAGCCCAAGGGAGAAGAUGAUGGAUUUUCUCUGAAAUAAGAAGAGGAAGGAGCAUAUUCAAGAGGCUGUGCACAACAGCCAGGGGAAAAGUGGGAGCUAUUUCUUUGACAUGGUUCAGUCAUUGGAAUGGAGAGUUGGGAUCAGGCCUGGUGAGUGCUGUUCCAAGCUUCAAAGAAGACUCGCUGUGUAAUUUUGGACAAGUCACUUGCCUUCAGUGCCUCAGUUUUCCCUAUCCGGAAGGAGGAGAUAAGACAAUUAUCCACCUUUUAUAAAGCAAUUGGAGACCUAUGGAUACAAAGUGAUAUAUUGCAGUCAGGUGAAGCUCCAGUCCACUCGCUCUAUCUGCAGCCAUGCUUCACUCUCCUCUGAAAACAGCCCUGGCUUAUGAGUGUUUCCAAGACCAGGCCAGCUCUACAUUGGCCUUGCCCUCAGAUCACAAGCUGAAAACUAGAGGCACGGGAAAACAGAGGGUCCAGGAGCAGGUGAUGAUGACGGUGAAACGGCAGAAGCAAAAGUCCUCUCAGUCGUCGAGCCUUGGGCGCUCCAACCGAGGUUCCAUGUAUGAUGGUUUGGCUGAUGGCAUCAACUAUGGGACUGCCCGGGGCAGCUAUUAUACCAAAGCCCAGACAGGAAACAGCAACUGGGGGUAUCCGAUGUACAAUGGGACCCUUAAAAGAGAGACCGACAACCGGCGCUUCAGCUCUUACAGUCAGAUGGAGGGCUGGGGCAGCCGGCACCACAGCAAAGCCGUCGGCAGCCCCACCAGCCCCGGCGGCAACUACUGCCUCAAGAGCAGCAGAAGUGAGCCUGACCUGUGCUGCGAGCCUCCCCGGGGCACACUCAGGAGAAACCAAGUGGGAAACCAGGCAGUGCACAAGGCAACUCUGAACCGCCAGAGCAUGUACAGCAGCUGCAGCACCCACCAUGGGACCACUAGGAAACCCCUCCUGGAUCGCAACCUCUCCUGCCCUUCGGGCAACAAGCCGGAUGCGUUGUAUGCCCAGCCCGUGACGAGCAGCAGGCAGGAUGGGGUGUAUGGGCAUUCUAUGUCCAGCUCCAGAAUAUGCAAUGAUGAGUUGGACAGCGUGGCUAUGACCAUCCAGAAAGCCAUACAGCUCCUGUGCGCCUCGGAUGAGAAAUCUCAAGCCAUGGGCGCGUACUAUCUCCAGCACACCUGCUUCCAAGAUGAAUCUGCCAAGCAAGAGGUCUACCGGCUGGGUGGAAUUGGAAAGCUAAUAGAACUCCUCCGCAGCCCAAACCAAAAUGUCCAGCAGGCUGCAGCUGGGGCUCUUAGAAACCUGGUCUUCAGAAAUCCUGCCAACAAGUUAGAAACCCGACGGCAGAAUGGGAUAAGGGAGUGUGUGAGCCUCCUGAGGAGAACUCCAAACACUGAAAUACAGAAACAGCUGACAGGGCUGCUGUGGAACCUGUCCUCCACUGAUGAGCUGAAAGAAGAUUUGAUACACGAAGCCCUCCCUGUCUUGACAGAUUGUGUUAUCAUCCCUUUCUCGGGGUGGUCUGAUGGGGUCAGUAAUAGGACAAGAGAAAUUGUUGACCCUGAGGUGUUCUUCAAUGCCACAGGCUGUUUGAGAAACCUGAGUUCUGCAGAUGCUGGACGUCACACCAUGAGAAACUACCCUGGCCUGAUUGACUCAGUCAUGACUUAUACCCAGAAUUGUGUGGCUGCCAGCCGGCCUGAUGACAAGUCCGUGGAAAACUGCAUCUGUAUCCUGCACAAUCUGUCCUACCGCCUGGAUGCCGAGGUGCCCAAUAAAUACACCCAGCUCAACCACGUGGCCAGGAAUGCCUAUGUGGACAAGACCCUCACAGGCUGCUUCAACAACAGGAGUGGGAAGCUGGAGAACGAUGAGUAUGUUCUACCCAUUCCCGAUGAGGAGUACAAACCCAGAGGGCCCAGCUGGCUCUACCAUUCUGAUGCCAUCCGCACAUACCUGAACCUGAUGGACCAGAGCAAGAAAGAUGCCACCCUCGAGGCCUGUGCUGGGGCCCUGCAGAACCUCACUGCAAGCAGAGGACUGAUGUCCAAUGCAAUGAGCCAGCUGAUUGGCUUAAAGGAGAAGGGGUUGCCUCGUAUAGCACGGCUCCUCCAAUCCAGUAACAGUGAAGUUGUCCGAUCUGGGGCUUCCUUGUUGAGCAACAUGUCUCGGCAUCCUAUUCUUCACAAAACCAUGGCUCCCCAGGUGCUUCCAGAUGUGUCCCGUCUCCUGGCCUUCCAGUCCGGGAACAACAGCAACUUUGGAGAUAUUAUGUCAUCUGCUUGCUACACCAUGCGGAACCUAAUCAUGUCCAACCCGCAGAUGGCCAAGCCUUACUUGACAAGCAGCAUGCUAAAUAAUGUAGUAAACCUGUGCCGAAAUGGCUCCUGUCCAAAAGCGGCUGAAGCAGCUCGCCUCCUGCUGGGUGAUCUGUGGUCACACAGAGAGCUCCAGGGCAUUCUCAAACAGCAAGGAUUCGAUAAGAACAUGUUGGGAUCCUUAACCGGGAGCACUUUCAGGACCCUGUCUUCCAGAUUCUAAGAAGAGACCUUCCGCACAGGUUCAGUCCGCAGAGUUUGUCGUUGGUUCGUGUCUGGAAUGACCUAAUCCUCAAGGGAUUAGUUAGGACAUUACAGAUAUGCAGUGUUUAUAGAGUUAUUCUAACUGUAAAGAAAACUAAGUAUACAAUUUUUUGUGGUUGAUACAGAUAUUUGAAAGCAUUUUGGGGGGAGGGUGGGGAGAGGAGGAAUUUGAGUUCAAAGUUUCCAGAUGUCAAUAACU